UCUAUCAAUCCGUCUGUCUAUCAUUUCUCAAAAGGAGAACUGAGCACCAAGAUUUUAUGGGACAUUAAUUACAGGCACCCAACAAAAGAGACAUUCUCUGGGAACAUCUCAGCAAGAGCAGCUACAUAAUACAGUGUAUCUCUGGUUGGGUAAGGAGGACCUGACGAACAACACUUCCUGAAGCCCUGCCUGUGCUCUCCACCAGCAGCCAAAAAUGGGGAAUGCCAAAAGCAGCGCUAUGUCCAAGCAGAUCCUGGAGGAUCUCAAACUCAAUACCAAAUUCUCAGAGCAUGAACUGUCACAGUGGUACGAGAACUUCCAGAAGCAGUGUCCGUCUGGCUGGAUCUCACCAGACGAGUUUAAAAAGAUCUACGAACGCUUUUUCCCAGACAGUGAUGCCGCAUCAUACGCCCAGCAUGUCUUCCGCUCCUUUGACACGAAUGAUGAUGGAACGUUGGAUUUCAAGGAAUACAUUAUUGCUCUACAUAUGACAUCAACUGGAAAGACAGAGCGGAAGCUGGAGUGGGCCUUUUCACUCUUUGAUGUUGACAAGAACGGCUACAUCACCAAGUCAGAAGUGGCAGAAAUCUGUCAGGCUAUCUUUAAGCUGAUCCCCAAAGAUGAACAGGAAAAUCUUCCUGCAGACGAGAACACUCCUGAGAAGAGAGCAGACAAACUGUGGUCGUUCUUCAAUAAAAAAGAUAAUGAGCGAUUGGCUGAGGGUGAGUUUAUUCAAGGCAUUCUUGACAAUGAAGACGCGAUCCACCUUAUUCAAUAUGAGCCCAACAAGUAAUAACAAAACAAGAACAAAAGCACUGUAUUUUGCUGUCAUAUCAUUUCCUUUGGCCAUGUGCUUUCCACCUUUUUCUUUUUUCCCCAUUUUGUUUGUUUUUAACUUUUACCCCUUUAACCUGGGCAGAUCGGUCCUGUUUCUUGUAUUAGUGUGACAUGAAUCAUUUUGUAAAUAUUUGAAAGCCCAUUAACUUCAAUAUGUUUCGAGUGAGUUGUGAUAGACAGAAUGAGGAUAGAUUAAAGUGAUAGUAAAAUGUGGCAUCUGGGAACAUGUAUGUCGACCGAAGAAGAGUUUCUGGCAGAUUAUGAUACUCUUGAGCUGAAAGCAAACAUUUUCUUUAUGAAUCAAAGCGAGAAGAAAAUAAUGUAUGUUUUUCUUGUAAAAGAAGUAAAAUACAGAUGAAAGCCAAUAAAGCCACUAGGCUGUGUGGAAAAACAAAAAAAAAAGAUAGUCUAAUUUCGUUCAGAUUUAUCCAGGAUGAUAGUACAAAAACGUUUGCCAUUUAUAUUAUACAAAUCUGUUUUUUUAUGUCAACUGCUGUGGAAUAAAACUGACACUGUAAAAG